GGCAGGACAAUCAGAGUCGGCUGCAUUUCACAGCGCGCGGAAGGUGUUUGACGAAAUGCCCGAGAAAGACACGGUGUCCUGGAACACGCUGGUGCUGUGGUGCGCGGAGAACGGGAGGCACCAAGAGGCUCUGGGAUUGAUCAGGGAGAUGUGGGGAGACGGGUGUAAGCCCGACUCAUUUACCUUGUCGAGCGUGCUGCCGAUCUUUGCCGAGCGCGCCGAUGUCCGGAGGGGGAUGGAAGUGCAUGGCUUUGCGACCAGGAACGGCUUUGCUGAUGAUGUGUUCGUCGGGAGCGGCUUGAUCAACAUGUACGCGAAUUGCACUCGGACGGAUUACUCAGUCAGGGUGUUUGACAAUCUCCCGGGGCGAGAUGCCAUCCUGUGGAACUCGAUGCUUGCAGGGUGUGCACAGAAUGGGUCGGCUGAGGAGGCUCUUGAAAUAUUCCGUCGUAUGCUGCAUUCUGGGAUCAGACCUAUGCCCGUGACUUUCUCGAGCCUCAUACCUGUCUGUGGGAACCUGGCCUCGCUGCAUCUCGGGAAGCAGCUGCAUGCGUAUGUGAUAUUUGGCGGGUUAGAUGGUAAUGUGUUCAUAACCAGCUCCCUGAUUGACAUGUACUGCAAAUGUGGGGACGUUAGCACUGCUCGUCACAUCUUUGACCGGAUUCAGUCACCUGACAUUGUAUCAUGGACUGUGAUGAUCAUGGGACAUGCAUUACAUGGUCCAACAAGAGAAGCUCUGGUGUUGUUUGACAGGAUGGAGUUGGGAAAUGUCAAGCCUAACGAUAUCACCUUCUUAGCAGUCUUGACUGCAUGCAGUCAUGCUGGAUUGGUGGACAAGGGUUGGAAGUACUUCAACAGUAUGUCAGACCAUUAUGGCAUUGUUCCUUCCCUUGAGCAUCACGCAGCACUUGCAGACAUCCUUGGCCGUGCGGGGAAGUUAGAAGAAGCAUAUAAUUUCAUCUCUGAGAUGCCAAUAAAACCAACUGCAAGUGUCUGGUCUACCUUGUUAAGGGCAUGCAAGGUCCAUAAAAAUACUGUCUUAGCUGAGGAAGUUGCCAAAAGAAUCUUCGAGCUUGAACCUAGGAGCAUGGGAUCUCAUGUAAUUUUAUCAAAUGCGUAUUCGUCCUCCGGCAGAUGGAAUGAAGCAGCCCACCUGCGAAAAUCUAUGAGAAAGAAGGGCAUGAAGAAGGAACCAGCUUGCAGCUGGAUUGAAGUGAAGAACAAAAGGCAUGUGUUUGUAGCUCAUGAUAAGUCCCAUCCUUGGUAUGAAAGGAUUAUUGGUGCACUUAAUGUUUUCUCAGAGCAGAUGGCACGUCAAGGGUAUGUUCCCAAUACAGAGGAUGUUUUCCAGGAUAUUGAGGAAGAGCAGAAGAGCCAUGUGUUAUGUGGUCACAGUGAGAAACUUGCAAUGGUAUUUGGUAUUAUAAGUACACCACCUGGAACGACAAUUCGUGUAAUGAAGAAUCUCCGAGUUUGUGUUGACUGCCACACGGUAACAAAAUUUAUUUCAAAGAUAGUUGGGAGGGAGAUUGUUAUGCGUGACGCAAACCGUUUCCACCAUUUUAAGGAUGGGAAUUGCUCCUGCGGGGACUUUUGGUGAUUGAGCUAAAGUUCGGUAUCGCUUCAUGCUCAUGAUAGUUGGGAGGGAGAUUCUUAUGCGUGAUGCAAACCGUUUUCCACCAUUUUAAGAAUGGCAAUUGUUCCUGCAGACACUUUGGAUGAUUGAGCUUAAGUUUGGGCUCACAUCAUGUUCAUGACAUGAGUUCCUAUUGCACAUGCCCCUCUGUUCCCAGGAUAUGCCUUUUAGACCAUGGUAUUAUUUCUGGAAAAAGUGCCAGGGCAAUGAAGGUUGCUUGAACUUCACUAGACAUAUAUCAUGUGUUCUUCGAGUGGGGAGGCAGUCUGUUUUUUCUGAACUUACAAUACUAUGAUGAUAGCAUUUUUUGCAGACACAAUAGCUAAACUAGAGCCAUCUGAACAUCAAAACAUAACUAUAUGUAUUUGGCCUUUUAACAUAUUGGUAUUCCAGUCUUCGGAAAAAUAUAUUCAGGUUUGGGUCGCCCAGGAGCCAGACAAACAGAGAACCUUCACCUGUCCUCUUGUCGGCCAAACUUACGGUAUAAAUACAGCAUCCUCAACUCGGCUCAAG